UGACGGAAAGUAAACAGUACAGAAACCGUCGCAUUGCAGUUGAGUCAGUGCUAUUGGAUAGCAGAAAUUAUAUCUGGAGUAUUUUUUGUUUAAAAUUGAUUAAAAGCUUAAAAUGCUGACAUAGGAGUAAUAAUUUAAUUGAAACACUACGGUAUUCAGAUGCGAAAGUCGAAUUCCAAAGUAGUAUCGGAAAAUAUAGCUAGCUAAGCUGUUCUUUUAGCUAAAAGUUUACAGCAGUACUUCUAACGUUGCCAGACAGCAACAACCAGACUAAAGUUAGCUAGGUAGCUAAUUUGGCUAAUCUGUCAGCGGUGAAAAAGUCAAGACAAUGGGAGAUUCGGACACACAAACGCGUUCAGGCUAUGAGCGUUUGACCGCUGAAGAGAUGGAUGAACAGCGCAUUCAAAAUGUUGCCUAUCAAUACCUAUGCCGUUUGGAAGAGGCUAAAAGGUGGAUGGAAGCAUGUCUCCAUGAGGAGCUGCCUGCCCCAACUGAGUUGGAGGAGGGGCUGAGGAAUGGGGUGCUGCUAGCCAAGCUAGGCCACCGCUUUGCCCCUGAAAUAGUCCCCCUUAAAAGGAUCUAUGACCUGAACCAGGAACGCUACAAGGGUAUGGGGUUGCAGUUCCGCCACACGGACAACAUCAACCACUGGCGCAGUUCAAUGGCAGAGAUCGGUCUACCAACGAUCUUUCACCCAGAGACGACUGACGUUUAUGAUAAGAAGAACAUGCCCAGGACUGUUUACUGCAUCCAUGCUCUCAGCCUCUAUCUUUUCCGACUGGGUUUGGCUCCUCAGAUCCAUGACCUGUGUGGAAAGGUCAAGUUUACCGAAGAGGAAAUUAACAACAUGAAACGGGAGCUAGAUAAAUAUGGCAUACAGAUGCCAGCCUUCAGCAAGAUUGGGGGCAUCUUGGCCAAUGAGAUUUCAGUGGAUGAGGCUGCUGUUCAUGCUGCAGUCAUAGCUAUCAACGAGGCAGUGGAGAGGGGGCAUGUUGAGGUCACUGCCCAGGCCCUGUGCAAUCCCAGCGCCAUGCUCACCGACCUGCAGGAGCUUCUGAUGCCUGUCUACCAGGAGAUGCUGCGCCAGGCACGGACACAGAAGGCUGCGGUUGCCUGCACCAAGCGUAAUGGUUCAGAAGAGAAGGAUAUCUAUGAGGAAUACUUGACCCAAAAUGAGAUUCAAGAAAACAUCAACAAAGUGAAUGUGCGCGCAGCCAUUGAGCAGGUGGAUGAGGCCCUGGAGUGUGGAGAUUGUUUGGCCCUUCUGGCUGCCCUCCAGGCCCCCUGUCUGGCAUUGAGGGGCCUCCAGAAAGAUCAUGGGCUCUGGUACCUGGAGCAACUGGUCUCUGACCGUGAACAGAAGGCCCUGGACCUGGGCUGUGUGGACCCUCUGGAGCAGGAAGAGCUGCAGGAGGGCGUGUGUGUGGCCAACGAGGAGGCCCAGCGCCACAUGACAAUGCAGAAAGCGGUGAGCUCCAUUAACGAGGCCCUGCGUCGCGGGGAUCCCAGGCAGACAGUCCGGGCCCUCAUGGACCCUGAUGCCCACCUCCCAGACGUCUACCCCUUCGCCUCGGCGCUCUACCAGAGGGAGCUGGUCCCAUUGCAGCAGCAGAGCCCUCAGGGGGAGCUGCAGCAGGAGGAACUGUUCGUGGCGGUGGAGAUGCUCUCGGCGGUGGCUCUCAUCAACCAAGCCUUGGAGGCCGGCGAUGUGGGAGCCUUCUUUGCCACGAUCGUCAGCCCUGCAGCCGGCCUUGCUGACAUCGAGGACAGCCUGUUACAGAGGUACUUUGAGAAGCUGUGUGAUCUGAGGAGGAAGGCUGGGAGGGCCCUGCUGACCUGGAAUGAGCUCCAGGGGGGACUCAACUCUGUGAACAGGACGGCACAGGAAGAGCACAGCCAGGUCGUCGCCAUUGGGCUUAUCAACCAGGCCUUGUGCCAUUGUGACCCUCAGAGGACUCUGGCUGCUCUGCUGCUGCCCUCUAGUGGUCUGGAGCAGGUGGCGCCACUCAACGCCCGUCGCUACCACGAUGUGCUGACCAGAGCUCGGAAGCAGAAAGCCGAGAUGAGCCGUGACCCAGGAGCAGAGUUAUGGUUGGCUGACAUUCAGGAGGGAGUGAAAAGAGCCAAUCAAUACACUCAAAGAACCCUGAAGAUGUCGUUGGGCUUGGCGGCUGUGAACCAGGCAGUGAAGGAGGGCAAGGCGUCCCAGACGCUCCGGGUCCUACGUCUGCCUGAGGUGUCUCUGCGCUGUGUGGUGACCGAAUGUGCUGAGGUGUACCAGGCUGAACUAGCCGCCCUUCUGAGAGCCAAAUCUAUGGAAGGGGACAACCGGAGCCCUUGGCUGAGAAUCAAGACUGAUGACGGUAGUUUCUACUACUUCCACCUGAACAAGCUUGAGGGCACCUGGGAGAGACCGCAGGGCUUCGUCCAGAGCUCAGUGUUCCUGACCCAUGAAGAAAUACAGGCGGUGCUGAGCGGUGUGACUGCUGCCCAUAGCCGUGAGGUGCAGUGGAAGGCCAGCGAGGACCUUGUGGUGCAGCUUCAGGCCAGGACUCGGGGCUUCCUCCUCAGGCAGACACUGGGAGCCCGUCUGCACUUCCUCAACACCCAGUUACCUGCUGUCACCACCAUCCAGUCCCACUGGAGAAGGUUCAAGCAGCAGAGAGCCUACAGGAAGAGGCUGGAAUAUCUUAAUCAGAACUGGAGGGCUGUGGUUAAAAUCCAGGCUAGUGUGAAGAUGUGGAUUGCUCGGAGGAAAUAUCUUUCUCGUAAGCGCUUCUUCAGACGUCAUGUGGGUGCCAUUAUAAAGAUCCAAGCGUUCUUCCGAGCCAACAAGGCCCGUGAGGAAUACAGGAUGCUAGUCCACUCCGCUAACCCACCACUGUCGGUGGUAAGGAAGUUUGCCCACCUGCUGGAGAUGGGUGAUAACGACAUCCGCCAAGAGGGGGAGCUGCUGCGUAUCAGGGAGGAGGUGGUGAGGACAAUCCGUUCCAACCGCCAGCUUGAGACGGACCUGGACAUCAUGGACCUGAAGAUAGGCCUGCUAGUGCGCAACCGUGUAACACUGCAGGAGGUGGUGUCCCACUGCAAAAAGCUUACCAAGAAGAACAAGGAGCAGCUGUCGGACAUGAUGGCUCUGGAGAAGAGCAAAGGCCUGAAGGCCCUUAGCAAAGACAAACGGGAGAAACUGGAGGCCUACCAGCACCUGUUCUAUCUGCUCCAGACUCAGCCUAUGUACCUGGCCCAGCUGAUCUUCCUGAUGCCCCAGAAUAAGACCACCGGUUUCAUGGAGACGGUCAUCUUCACCUUGUUCAACUACGGCUCCGACUGCCGGGAGGCCUACCUGCUGCUGCAGCUGUUCACCACGGCGCUGCGUCACGAGAUCAAGUGGAAGGUGGACCAGCCCCAGGAGGUGGUGACGGGGAAUCCCACGGUCAUCAAGAUGCUGGUGAGUUUCUACCGGCAUGCGCGCGGUCAGAACGCCCUGAAGGAGAUCCUGGGGCCGGCUGUCAGGGAGGUGCUGCAGGACCGCACCCUGAGCAUCCGCACGGACCCCUGCGAGAUCUACAAGAGCUGGAUCAACCAGACCGAGACCCAGACGGGCCACAAGAGUUCACUGCCCUAUGAGGUGAGUGCAGAACAGGCCCUGGCACACCCUGAGGUGCAGCGUCGCCUGGACAUCUCCAUCGUCAACAUCAAGAGUCUCACUGACCGCGUGCUGAACGCAAUCACCGGCAAUCUGUACAAACUACCGUAUGGGAUGCGCUACACCGCUAAGGUCCUGAGAGAUUCUCUACGCGCCAAGUUUCCUCAGGCCAGCGAAGACGAGCUUUACAAGAUUGUGGGCAACCUGGUGUACUACCGCUACAUGAACCCGGCUGUGGUGGCGCCGGAUGGUUUCGACGUGGUGGACUUCUCGGCUGGCUCCUCCCUUCUCCCUGAGCAGCGGCGGAUCCUGGGCUCCAUCGCGCGCAUCCUGCAGCACGCCGCCGCGCACAAACACUUCCACGGAGACAGCGCUCACCUCCGCGCCCUUAACGACUACAUUACCCUGACCCACUCCAAGUUCCGGAAGUUUCUGCAUGCCGCCUGUGACGUCCCCGAGCCAGAAGAGAGGUUUAACAUCCAUGAGUACUCUGAGGUGGUCAUCCUCAACAAGCCUGUCAUCUACAUCUCCAUUAGCGAGCUCCUCAACACGCACAAGCUUCUGCUGGAGCACCAGGCCUCCCUGUGUCCUGACCAGUCAGACGCGCUCCUGUUGCUGCUGCGGGACCUGGGGAAGGUGCCCAGUAUCCAGGCUCUGGUUGGUGAGGGUGCUGGGAACCCAGCAGAGCCCCAGACGGAGAGCGCCCUGGCCCAGUACAGUAAGAUGGAGGUGUCUCUCACCCUCACCAGCAGGUUUGACGUGUUCAGCGGCUCGGGCGACGACCCUGACGCCAGGGGCAUUCUUCUCAGCACCAAGCAGUUGAUCAUCGACGUGAUCCGAGCCCAGCCUGGUAACACGCUGAGCGACGUCCUCAGAGCCUCCUCCUCUCAGGAUCAGGAGGUGCAGCACGGCUGGAUGAUGCACCGCCGUGCCCAGAGGGACGCCCGCACCCCCGAGAAGAUGAAGAGGAACCAGUCGAUCGUUGCCGAUGGAAACCUGUCUCUGGAGGAGAAGAAAAGGAAGAUCCAGCGCAGUCUGAGGAGGCUAGAGAGCCUGGGGGUUCUAACCCCUCCUGACUCUGAGACACAGAUACUACAGUUAAUAGCCAAGGACAUCAGCCACCAGCGUCUAUACAGGCAGCGACGUCAGGCUGAGCUGGUCAAGCUGCGACAGACGCUGAGCAGCCUCCACUGCAAGAGCUCCUUCCACAGUGAACAGGUGGACUUCUACAGCCAGUACAUCACCACCUGCCUGGAAAACCUCACAGCCAAGCACAGUAAGGUUAGUGGGAAGAAGGCAGCAGAAAGCAAAGGGAAGAAGAGCAAGCAGCCCACUCUCACUUACACUGCUGCCCGUCUACAUGAGAAAGGGGUCCUGCUGGAGAUCGAGGACCUGCCUGUCACACAAUUUAAAAAUGUGAUCUUUGACAUCGUGCCCUGUGAGGAGGGAGGCACAUUCCAGGUGAAGGCUCGCUUUAUGGGUGUGGACAUGGAGAAGUUCCCUCUCAAAUACCAGGACCUGCUGCAGCUGCAGUACGAGGGAGUGGCUGUGAUGAAGAUGUUUGACAAGGCCAAAGUCAACGUCAACCUGCUCAUUUUCCUCCUCAACAAGAAGUUCUUCAAGAAGUGAGGAGUCGGGACAUCGCCACGUCUCCCCUGACAACACAGGGCUGAAUGCUACUGGUUUUCUUUAAUCUCACCCUUCCAGAUUUCAAUGUUAUUUUUGUAAUGUUUUUGGACACAUUAGAGUGGCUUACUUUAAUAAGGGGAUUUUCAUCAAUAAGGAUGUACAACUCUAUUUACAUACUCUAAAUACAAUAUAUCUCUGUAGUUUUUUUAAUUUUUGUGUACCAAUGACUUUUUGUUUGAAUUUCUUGAAUCCUCUGACAUUAUACAUUGACUGUAUCCUAAUCGUAUUUUUCAGCCGGACGAUUUUGCCACCCUGCUCCCUUUUCAAAAACUCACAGAGCAGUUUCUCAUAAAUUAUGGAUGGAUUAGUGUUUAAAUAGAACCACUCCAGCCUGCGCACAAAACAGCCCAGUGUUUGCACAGAAUCCUUCAGUAUAUAGUUCACUACUUUUAAAUGGGCAAACAACAUGGAUGUGCUCUUAGUUUCACGUUAUGCAGCUUCACGUUUCCAUUAGACUCCAUUUCAUUGGCCUGGCAACAGGACAAGGCUACUUUAAUUGUGACUUGUGAUUCACUUCAUUAGGUUUCCAUCAGUUGGUACAAGUGAUUCUAAACCCUCCAUAAAGAAAAUUUGCAUUUUUAUAACAGUGAUUUUCACCAAUAAGACUUUUUUUCAUAUUUAAAAUUAGUAAUUGAUGACCUAGUGCACUGAAAAUUUAUGUUUUCAUGUUCUGAAUUAAAAACCAUGUGCACUUUCACCACCCUGUGAAGGUUAUCAUUAUUUAAUAUCUAGACUAAUACAUGUCCAUACUCUCCUGAGACAUGAUGAUAGAUCAUAGAUUGUUUUCUUCAUUGUUCUUGCAAUAUGUGCCCAUAAAGUUAUUGCCAUUUCUUGCAUAAUUUAACUCACAUGGAAUGAUCCCACCAAUUUGUUCAUAACUUGAUGAAAUGAUACCAGGGUAGAAACUGUUUUUCCCCUCUUAUGUAGGUUGCAGACAGGGCUUGCAUGCCGCUUGAAAGACGUGUUUAAUCCUAACGGAUGAAAUUAGUAACUCCAUUAACUAGCCUCCCUUUAAUCACUGGGCGAUGUUGCACAGAUAUUAUCGACAGGAGUAUCUCUGACCGUACUGUUGACCUCUGAGAAACUGCCUGACAAUAAGGCUCAACUUUGUUCAUACCAAUGUAUAUAUUUUCUGUCAUUCUAUUGUAUUAAUGUUCUCUUACUGUCUCAGUUGUCAACUCUAAUUUCAGUCUUGAUUAUUCUAUUACUUUAUCUCUCUUCAACACUAAUGUUUUCAGCACAAUGGUUGCUUUUGUCUCAUUCCGUGCUAUUUGGAACUUGAGAAUUGACAUUUCAGACUUGCUAAAUCGCUUAACGCAUUUUGUGAUUAAAAUAUAAGCAAUAGCAAGGCGGAUAUUUCUGGGCUUCCUAGUUCCUACUAGCAUGUGAACGUGACAAAAAUUAUAACAUGGACCAACAUGGCCAUAAAUAUUGUAUGUAUCAAUAUUUUUACAUAUCGUUAAUGUAGGUUUAGCUGUAAGGGAAGUUGAUACCCAUAUUUUAAUGUAUCUUACUAUGCAAUGGAAGAUGUUAGCACUCCUGUUUUUACUUGUAUAUUUUAAUAAAAAUGGAAUUGUU